AUGGAGUCGCAGCCUCCCGCUUCUCUAGACGCUGUUGCUACGCUAGACCUGGAGGAAAUAGAAAUUCAGCAAAAGGUUUAUCCGUCGGGUCUCAGGUUUGCAGCCAUUAUGGUCGCCGUAUGCCUAUGUUUUACACUUGUAGGCCUGGAUAGCAACAUCAUCGCAACUGCCAUCCCGGCCAUGACUCGCUACUUUGGAACUGUCAAUGAUAUUGCAUGGUAUAAUUCUAUCUAUCGGCUAAUGUCAGGCUCAUUCCAACUCAUGUUUGGAAAGCUCUACACCAUGCUUCCAGCAAAAUUUCUCAUCCUCUCCAGCCUGGUUACGUUUGCUGUGGGCACCUUACUCUGCGCUCUUGCACCUAUGUCGUCUGUGUUUAUCUUGGGCCGAGCCAUUACCGGCUUCGCUACCGCUGCCAUCAUUUCGGGGGCAUUCGCAAUGGUUAUUCAUAUCUCGCCGUUGCGAAAGCGAUCAAAGUACGCCGGAAUCGGCGCCGCGACGGAGGCUGUGGCGUCUCUCACGGCUCCUCUCUUUGGUGGUCUCUUAACUGACCGAUUGAACUGGCGAUGGUGUUUUUUUAUCCAGCUACCCAUAAUCGUCGUGGUAUUGUGUAUUGUUCUUUUCUCCCUUGAUUUGAACGCUGGGAAGCCUAUGGGAGAUGAGACACCGUGGUCGGUCUUGCGCAAGCUAGACGGGCUGGGAACAGCCAUAUUCGUGCCGGCUCUCACAUUGCUACUCUUAGCCCUACAAUGGGGAGGCAACAAGUAUGCUUGGUCGGAUUGGCGAGUCAUACUGCCGUUGUGCAUUUUCGCUGCCUUAUUCGCCGUCUUCGUUUGGCAUCAAAGCCGUCUAGGCGAAGAGGCAACUGUUCCGUUACGCAUCUUGCAAACUCGGAAUGUUCUGUUUGGCUUUUUAUUCAGUUCUUGUAACAACGGCUCAUUGAGUGUCAUCGAAUUCUAUAUGCCCACAUACUUCCAGACUAUAAAAGAGCUCUCGGCGUCCAUGUCGGGUGUAAUGGUUCUUCCAACUGCGGCUGGCCUGAUAGUCUCGGUUCCUCUCGCUGGAUAUCUGACUACGUUGAUCGGAUAUUAUAGCCCUUUCAUGCUUUUGAACAGUAUCAUGACGCCUCCUGCAACUGUGCUGUUGACUACUCUGAAUGCUGGAUCAAAGACUUGGACUUACAUGUUCUAUCAAACUUUGCUAGGAUUCGGGACCGGUAUUGGCUUUCAAGGUCCUCAAGUUGCCGUCCAAGUAACUUUUUCUGACUCGGAUUCACAAAUCGCACUCGCUAUCAUUCAGCUUGCCCAGGCCAUUGGUCCAGCUAUAGCCGUUGCCGGGGCGCAGACCAUCUUCACAUCGAAACUGCAUUCUUAUCUCGCUCGCUUUGCGACAAUACUAGACGUGCACGACUUGACUAGUCACGGUCUGAUUAUUCCUGUAGGGUUGAGUACUUGGGAACACACAGUGGUGGUCUCGGCUUACAGCAAUGCCUUGAAUUACGCAUUCUAUCUUUCGGUUGCUUUAUCUUGUUUGACUUUGGUCGGCGCCCUUGGUGUCGAAUGGAGGUCUGUAAAGGGGAUCACAGGGUGA